CGCGCACUAAAAACAUGGCGGAUAAACACUAACCCUCACAUUUGAGAAAUUACACAAAACCUUUCCGCGUAAGAGUGGUUUGAAAAAGUGUGAUCAUGAAGAAACCUGUACCACAAAAAGGACUUUUCAGCUGGGAUAAGUACCUGAAAGAGACAGGAGCGAUGGCUGCCCCUGCUCACUGCUUCAGACAGAGUACUAACCCUCCGGUGAACGAGUUUAAGGCAGGGAUGAAGCUGGAAGCUCAGGAUCCUAGAAACACUACAUCUACCUGCAUUGCCACCGUGGUGGGCCUGACCGGCUCUCGCCUCCGCCUGCGACUGGAUGGCAGCGACAACAAGAAUGAUUUCUGGCGCCUGGUGGACUCCUCCGAAAUACAGCCUAUUGGGAAUUGCGAGAAGAACGGUGGAAUGCUACAGCCACCACUAGGGUUUCGUCUGAAUGCGUCAUCCUGGCCCAUGUUCUUAUUAAAAACACUCAAUGGAGCAGAAAUGGCCCCAGCUCGAAUCUUUCACAAGCAAGAGCCACCUGCCCCAGAGCAGAACGAUUUUCAUGUGGGAAUGAAGCUGGAGGCGGUGGACAGGAAGAACCCUCAUUUCAUCUGUCCUGCCACAGUGGGAGCAUUGCGAGGUGUGGAGGUGCUUGUCACCUUUGAUGGCUGGCGGGGUGCUUUCGAUUACUACUGCCGCUAUGAUUCCAGAGACAUCUUCCCUGUGGGCUGGUGCACGCUCACCGGAGACAACCUGCAGCCGCCAGGCACUAAAGCUGGGUUACCGAAGAUGCUAGGUGCACUUGGUGCCCUGCCGGACAGUAGUAUAGAGGGGUUAGGUAUGCCCCCUACACCAGGCAGACCCCCACCCAAGAAGAAACGUAAGCCUGGCCGCAAGAAAACCAAACUAACAGGGUCCUGGGGAGAGAAAGAAACAGUUGGUCCCCAGACAGACCAGCCUGAAAAGGAACUGGAAACUAUUAAAAUCCCCAAGAAACGUGGUCCCAAACCAGGAAGCAAGCUGGGCUGGGCCAAGAGGGUGGCAUGGCUAGAAGGGGUGACUGAGGGCCCUGGUAGACCCAAAGGCAAACUGCCAGAAAACUGGCAGCAGAACCAGACAGAACCUAUCAAAAUUCCCAAAAAGAGAGGCCCCAAACCUGGCAGCAAGAGAAAGCCCAGAUUGGUGCCCAACCCUAUGCCCACCUCCCCAAGCAGUAGCACUCCAGAGCCAGACACCAGCUCAGUUCCAUUGGACAAUGCUACAAUUCCCAGCGCUGCCUUACAGGCUCCUACAGUAUGUGUGUACCUGAACAAGUAUGGGAAAGUGGGUCCACACCUGGAUGCACGACGAAUUCAGUCUUUGCCGGAUCACUUUGGGCCAGGUCAAGCUUCCUCAGUGCUGCAGCAGUGUGUUCAGGCCUGUUUUGACUGUGCACAUAACCAGAGCACUGUCUUCUCCUGCCUCAAACCAGGAAAUGGAGGAGAGCUCAUAUCAGCCUACUUUGAGCAACAGCACCACACUCUUACACUACCUGCAGUGAACAGUGUGACGUACAUGUUGCGCUUUCUGGAGAAACUCUGCCGCAACCUGCACUGUGACCCACUGUUCGGUAGUCAGCCCGUUCCUCUUGGAGGAGUUCACUAUGACAGCCGAACAUACACAGAGAGGAGAAACUUUACAGAAAGUCUUGGUUCUGGACCUGGUCGAGGAACUACAAGAUUCCUCCAACACGACACCUACAACAGCAACCUGGUACCACACAAAAUAGCCAAAACCCAUCGUCUCUCUUCAGAAGAGCCAUUUCAGAUGGAGAAUGGGAUCAGUAGCUCAGAGGUCUUAGAGAAAGCACAUUUGUCUCCUGGACACAUCUUGACAAUGCGUACACUCUCUCGGAGUAGCAGCUCGCCGGGACAACUUCAUCGUCUGGGCUCCACAGGAUCAGAGCGUUUUCUGAGCUUGAAAGAGAGUCAGAGGCCCAGUGGACAGGAUCCCAACCUGUGGACGGUAGAGGACGUCAUGCAGUUCAUCAGAGACAUUGACCCUCAGCUGGGACCACACGCAGACCUCUUCCGCAAACAUGAGAUUGAUGGAAAAGCUCUACUACUGCUCCGUAGUGACGUCAUGAUGAAAUAUAUGGGCUUAAAGCUGGGGCCCGCCCUCAAACUCACCUUCCACAUUGACAAACUGAAACAGGGCCGUUGAGCUCUAUGGCACUUAAAUCAGUCUCUCUUUGACCCGUGACCUCUUCUUACAGCACAUGUCAAGAUGCACUCAGUUGUAACGUGAUAACUUUUUGAUUAAUUUUAUCACUCUCACACCCAUUUUUUUAUGACUGAUAUCCUCUCGGUUGUCCUUGCAUUAUACUAAGUUAUAUUAGUACCGUUCCAAAACAUUUCACAUGUUCAUGGCCCUGCCACAGGCUUGACUGAAACGGUACAGUGGACAGUAUACAGGCCAUUUUAGGCCUUGUUUUUUAUGAUGUACGUUUAAUUUUAUUAUACAUAUUUUCAGGCCACUUUUCAGCAUUUUGUAUGGGUUUUUAAAAAAAAAAAAUAAUAUGAAGCUCAUUUUCUUCAAUUAAAUUCAGGUAAACACUAGAUCUUGCCCUCCAAGACGGUGAUCACUCCGGGCAGACACCUCACUCAUUGACCAUAACUCAUCCUCCAUACUUUAUACAUGUACCGCAUAACAGAAUUGUUGCCAUUACACACUCUGCCUGUCUUUUAUAUCUCGUUGAUGUUUACAUUGUCUGUCUACAUUGAUGUUUGUACUUUUGGAGUUUUUAUACAAGUUAGAGUGCAUACUUUGAGAGCGUUAUACUCUGUAAGCAUCAUAUAAAUAAUAUGAAAUCUU